AUGGAGGGAAGUGGGAGUGACGAGGAAGUAAUGCCGAUGGAGCUUGUGGCGAGUUACGAGAGGGUGAGGAGGCUGGCCUCAGGGAACGCGGUGGUGGUCUUCAGCUUGAGCGGGUGCUGCAUGUGCCACGUAGUGAAGCGUCUACUGUUCGGCCUCGGCGUGGGACCCACCAUCGUCGAGCUCGACGAGGAGAAAGGUGGGAGAGAGAUGCAGACCGUGCUGUUCCAGCUGGUUGGCGACGUCCAGCAGCCCCUCCCGGCGGUUUUCAUUGGUGGAAAGUUCCUGGGUGGCCUCGAGACCGUCAUGUCCUGUCAUAUUAACGGCACUUUGGUUCCUCUCCUCAAGGACGCCGGAGCUCUCUGGCUCUAA